AUGGAAAAGAAAUCUUGGACAGAGGCUGAGACUUAUGGUUGGGAUGGCUUUAGGCUGAAGGAAAGAUUAGCAUCUCUGAAGAUGGCAUUGAAGAAAUGGAAUGUGGAGGUCUUCGGAAAUGUUGAUCUUCAGUUAAAAUUCGCUGAGGAGGAGCUCCAUGAGAUUGACUUAAAAGCUGAAGUUGGGCCUCUUCUAGACACUGAAAUUGGUGGAAGAAGAGAGUUAAGAAGUUUAGUAUGGAAGCUGAAGAAGAGAUUGGGAUGGAUCUGGCAACAAAAAUCUAGAAUUAAAUGGGCUCAAGAUGGCGAUAAAAAUAUGAGAUUCUUUCAUGUGAUGGUUAAGAGGAGACAAGCCAAGAAUUUAAUUGAUACAGUUGUUCAGAAUGGGGAAGUUAUUGGGGAACCAAAGAGGGUGAAACAAGUAGUGGUAGGGCAUUUUAGAAAACUGUAUUUUGAGGAGUGGAAAAGCAUAUCAAAGCUGGAUGGUCCUUUUAUUACCAUUGGGGAUGAUGAGGCAAAGAGGGAUUUAGAAGUAGAGUUUACAUUGGAAGAAGUGUGGGCAGCUGUGAAAGACUGUGAUGGGAAUAAAGCUCCAGGGCCUGAUGGUUUCAACCUUUACUGCAUUCAGAAGAAUUGA